AUGGCGUCCAGCUCUAACCUGAGCCAUGCCGCCUCGGUACCCGAUACCGGCGCGCCGGCGCUGCCUCCCGACGCGCUGUUCGAGGUCCUGCUGCGCCUCCCGGCCAAGGAUCUCUGUCGCCUCCGCGCCGUCUGCCUGUCCUGGCGCGCCCUCAUCUCCGACCCUCACUUCGCCGCGGAGCACAAGUCCCGCCACACGGAGCCCCUCUUCGCCCUCACCUUUAGGGACGGUGAUAUCAGGGGCGUCGCCAUCGUGAGCCUGUCGGGGCAGAUUCUCAGGCGGAUACGCAUUGCCUCCGAUCGCAUCGAGUUGCUGCUCACCCACCUCGACCGCCUCUGUGAUGAGUUUGUGGGCAUUUGCAUAGAGCGGAGAUUUAAUUGGGGUUCUGCUUUGAGGCACAACUGCAAGACGGUUACAUAUGCUUUUGGACAGGUUGCUUCUACUGGCGACUACAAGGUACUCCGCAUUAGCCAUCCUGAUCGCUCGCAGUCUCUGCUAUGUGACAUCAACACCCUUGAUGGGAGUAGCCAGGGAAGGUGGAGGAGAAAGCAGAACCCACCCAGCAACCUUACGAGAGAUCAAAUCAUGGAAUGCUUAGCUGUCAAUGGGGCUGUGUAUUUCUUGUUUGAUUAUGCUGUUAUGGAACCAACCAGCAUAGCUCCAUUCGACCUCGAUACAGAGAAGUGGAUGCCAACUCUUUGGGGUCCAGAGCCAUUGCGAAGUGCUAAGUUUGGCCUCUACUCUGGGCGGGUACUCUCAUUAGCCAACUUAAAUGGCAGCUUGGUUAUAGUUGACAAUGAUGCUGGUGUCUCUUUCGACCUAUGGUUUCUAGUGGAUCACAAGAGAGGUCUUUGGGUUAAAAAGUACAGAUUAAGUAUGAAGCACCUUGGUUACCUUGUAUAUCCUUUACUGAUAUUAGAUGAUGGGAGGAUAGUCAUUUUUGAAAUGGUUGAGCGAUUGUUAAAAUGCUAUGAUCCAACAACCGACAAUUUAGCAGAUGUGUUGGAUAUCAGGGCAAUGGGACUUGCAGAAUCUCAAAGCAUUGGCGUUUACACAGGAAGCCUGUUGAUCUAG